UCAAAUUACCGCCCAUUAACGUUUCAACUUCAUUUUGGUGUGGGUUGAGCUUUGGUUUCAAUAGCCUACAAACCCUAAAGCUUUUGGCCUUAAAACCCUAAAACUUCGAAGUUCUUAAUUCCUGAAAUUUUGAUCAUUUUGCAAUGCCUUGUUUUCCUAAUCCUGGCACUGUUACCAUUUGCGAAAUCAACAGAGAUUUGAUUACUGCCGAUGUUCUGUCUGAUGAUCGAGCUAAAGAAACUUAUGGAAAACUCAUUGGAAUGGUGUUCAGUCCGGUGCCGUUUCAGAGUGAAGAACCCGAUCAUCAAGAAACUGAGCAGGGAGGCAGAAGAAACGGUGAAACAGAGGGUUUUUUGUCAACAUUGCUGGGCCUUAAACGCAUUUUUUAUCCCAAUCAUGUGAACUUGUUACCUGAAGUUGAUCUUCAAGGUGUAAGUUGGCACCAAUAUAAGAAUAUCAUUGCGUUUAUCUCUGGGACUAAUCAAGUUAUAGUUCGUGAUUUUGAGGAUUCGGAGGGGAAGGAUCCAUGCAUUUUGACUAGUGAGUCUCAAAGAAAUGUUCAAGUUCUUGAGUGGAGACCAAACGGGGGGAGGUCUCUCUCUAUAGGAUGCAAGGGUGGAAUUUGCAUAUGGGCUGCUUCUUAUCCAGGUAAUGCAGCAUCUGUGAGAUCUGGGGCUGCUUCAUUCUUGGGAACCCUCUCUAGAGGCUCUGGAACUCGAUGGACUCUAGUUGACUUUCUUCAAAGUGAGAAUGGAGAACAUAUAACGGGCCUCUCAUGGAGUCCAGAUGGAAGAUGGUUGGCAUCAGCCUCAUAUGAGAGCUCAUCAUUUACCAUUUGGGAUGUUGCUCAAGGGCUGGGGGUACCAAUUCGACGUGGAUUGGCUGGCAUAUCAAUGCUUAAAUGGUCACCAACAGGAGAUUACUUUUUUUCUGCAAAAUUUGAUGGAACAUUUUAUCUUUGGGAAACAAACUUGUGGACUUCUGAACCAUGGUCUUCAACUAGUGGCUUUGUCAAGGGAGCAACAUGGGAUCCUGAGGGACGUAUGAUAUUGCUUGCUUUCUCUGGGUCUUCAACAUUGGGCUCUAUACACUUUGCAUCAAAGCCUCCAUCAUUGGAUGCACAUCUAUUACCUGUUGAUUUGCCUGAAAUACUUUCCUUAACUGGCAGUCAGGGAAUUGAGAAGGUAGCAUGGGAUGACUCAGGGGAGCGAUUAGCUGUGUCUUAUAAAGGGGGUCAUGAUAUUUACAAGGGUCUCAUUGCUGUAUAUGAUGUUAGAAGGAGUCCUUUGAUUUCUGUUUCACUAAUUGGUUUUAUUAGAGGGCCUGGGGACUAUCCAAAACCACUCACCUUUGCAUUUCAUGACAAGUUCAAACAGGGACCAUUGCUAUCUGUGUGCUGGAGCAGUGGAUUUUGCUGUACCUAUCCUCUCAUUUUUCAAUCUCAUGUUCUUCCUUAGUUAAGUAGCCCCAACCAGUGAUGGUGGUGAAGAAGACAGAUGCAGAGAUGGAACAUGGAACUGUAUGCUUUGAGAGGCAAAGCAAGGCAAAUGGGUGAUGUGAUGAUUUGGUGGAGAAUUGGAAUUGAGGGAUGGCGUGGCUUUUGUUCUAAAUUGUUAAUGUGCAAUGUUGUUGUUGUUAUUUGGUUUCUUAAUAAAUGAUUAAGCUGAUUAGAAUUAUGCCAUAAGCACAUAUAAAAAUCUAAUCUAACAAUGUCCAAGCACAUCUUAAGAACGUUA